AUGGAUUUAGACCGCGAAGACGCAACGAGCUUGCAAGGUGGAUCUUCAGAUGUUGCCUCUGAAGCUGCAGGAGCAGUAACAGUGACGGAUUCCACGCUAGCACUCCCAGAUGAAAACAAAAAUGGCGUGUCUAACUCUUCGUCUGAGAAUGGUUUGGAAGUUGACAGGGUCUCUCCUGGUCACGGCAGUGGUGGAUCGGAAGGCGAGAGAGAAUUUGAACCAGCAGAAAUGGUGAGAGUAACUAGAGAAAAAUGGCUUGAUCUUGAUCUGAGCAACUAUGGAAAAAUGGCUUGAUCAUGGAAGAGAGCUUUAGAUUGAAGUACGCGUUAUACUCGUACUUCAAUCUCUUAGAUCUAAAGGACUAUAGUUUAAGCUACCGUGAGAUCAGCCUGAAUGGGUUAUGUGCUCUAAGCGCAGCUGGAGAUGUGUCUGAUGGGCAUAGCUUUACACAGAUACAUUGAGUUAAGACAAAGCUUUAAUUCUAGUUUUGACCGUGCUUUUCAUGCCACUUUGAAGCAACUGGUAAUGAUAAAAAAUUAUUGGAUGAGGUUUUGUGAUAUCCGGAAUAAUCAAGGUCGAGGUAAGUGUCAUCAGCCUCGGCCUUUUGGCUGAUAACACUUACCUCGACCUUGAUUUUUCCGGAUAUCAUAAAAACCGAAUCUAAGAAUUGUUUUAUUAUACAUUGUUUUGAAAUAAAUAACAACAAAUGCACCGUCGCACGGAACUGAUUUGACAUUGCUCUUGGAAAUCAUGCAUUGUGUGCAAAACCUACAGAUUAGUCAGUUAUCUGCUAGCAGAUAACUGACUAAUUUGUAGGUUGCGCAGAUUUCCAAAAUUAACGGUAGGCUCUUAGCCAAUGAGAAGAUAGAUAGUGUGUACAAAGUGUAAUAAUUAGUGGAUAUUUUACAGGUCAAAAUUACUUGUAUAUUCAGGUUAAAUAAUUAGGGCUAGGAGACAAAGGAAAUUGAUAAUCAACAUGGUUUAACAAUUUUAACCUGUAUUUAAUUUUGACCUGUAACAUAUUCAGUUAUUUCAGGAAUACAGCUUGAAAGUGGUUUGGUAUUCUGCAAAUGUGUUUAAUAAGGAUCGUAUCCAGUAAUCUUUAUUGUACUUAUGAAGAAUUAUGAUUAUUUACCUUUUUAAGGUACCAUUGAUUAAGGAAAGAGUCACCUUAAGUGCGCUAAAAGCUGACAUGUGGACAGCAGAGCAUGAUGCUACUAUAAUCAAGUUCCUAGGGGACUACACUCACAGGCUGUUAGUGGUUUAUGUCGACAAGCUACUUGGAUUACAAGUGGCACUGUCUGUCCCUCCCCAUCCUGUUGAAGAAAUGACGUACAUGAUCAGGUUUGAAAAUGCAGUCAUCACACCUGAUAACAUUGAACAGAAAUUGAAGUUUGGUACAAUCAAAGCUAACCAUAUUGAAAGUCUACUGAGAUUGAUGACAAAUGUGUAUGCCCCUUUGUUUUUUGGAAAUAAAUCUUGGCCAGAUAGUAUCCUUUUUGAUAAUUAAUGUUAAUAUUAAUAUUGAUAAUAUUGAUUAGUAAUAAUAUUACUACUAAAGACUUAUGUGUAAAGAAAGGGCGAGUAAAUAAUUCUUAAUGUCGGAGGUGUAUAGACCCUUUUAUCAAGGAUUAUGUCAAUUAUUGGUAGGAAACUCAUUAGUGGCUACUUGCAAACAGCCACUUGAAUUUCCUGCCAAUUGGCAGAAUGACUUCGUGAAUAGGAGGACCAAGGGCUGUCAACAAGUUUUGAAGCAGCUGUAACAAUCACAAUUCACCUGAAAGAUCUCACAAAAAAUUUACAGUGUAAUCUUAAGCUUUUCACUGUGAUCACUCAUAGAAUCAAGACAAGGAUUAGUGAGAUCAGCCAUGACAGGUGGUACAGUUUACAGGCCUUAAUGACAGCUCUGAGGACCAGUUAGCUCAGUAUGAUAAAAAUAGCACCUCAUGAUUACCGAAUAAUUUUUAACAAUGUUUGGAUAAUAAUUUGAUAGAACUUGGAGACUCAGAAAAUGGUCAGUAACUAGAGGUGCUGUAAUCUCUCUAUUUUUGAUUAGAAAAAUGUCCCUUCUGGAGUGAACUUGUCCUUUAAAAUGUUAAAAAGAUAUGAUGCUACCUUUAUGAAAUUUUCAACCAGCCCCUGGUAUCAAAGAUCAAUGUUGUUGUACCUUAUUGCUGAAAAAUAGUUGAUGUUAUUUAUUCAAGGAAGAAGUAUUAUUACCCUUAAUCACAAAUAAGGUAUUAAAAAUGAUUUCUCAGCUCAACUACACAAGUUUAUGGCCAAUUUAACAGACACUCGUUACAAGAUGCAGGGAAAGACAGUAUUAUACGUCCCAAAUGAAGGAACAAGGCUUUCUAUUGAAGAGGCAGCCAAGAGUAAAGAAUUUGUGCAACGUCUGGAAAGUAAGAAACAUUUCAUUAUAAUGUUGUUUUUAUAACCAUAGUGUUUUGUAACUCAGGGGCCACACACUGUUACCACUUUGACUUAUCCAAUUGUGCAACCCCAGUAUAAAAUAUUGUAGGUGAAACCCAUUUCCAUGUUAAACCAGAAUUUCCUAUGUCUCCUAGAAGUAAGUAAAGCUAGGAAAGUAAUGAGACUGUGAAUCAAACUAGGCUUACUACUGGGGUCAAUUACUAUUGUUUUCGGACCCUAAAACAAUAGCUACAUACUCUUGUAAAAAACACUAACCUUGUAAAAGUUUUAUUAAAUUGACCCCUGGUUUAACCUGAUAACAGAUUUAACAUACAACAUAACUGCACUCUCGAACACUGUUGAGAUUCAUCUGAAAUACAGAAUUUAGUAUUCGUAGAAGGUGGUGUCAUUUUGAUCUGUUGGAGUUUGAUCUCAUUUACAGUGUAGAUCCUUCUGAAUACUAUUGGUAAGUGUGAAUGGCUCCUGAGACAAGCUGUUGAUCAUUUAGUAGCUCUCAAAUACAUCAGUUUCAUCAGUGUACUUUAUAUAAUGUUUGGCUUUCAGCUGCGAUGAUUCACUGGACACGGCAAAUUAAGGAAGUGCUAAGUAGUCAGGACACGUUUGAGGCAGCAGAAAAUUCUGGGCCACUAGAAGAGAUUGAGUUCUGGCGUAGUCGCUGUGCCGAUCUCUCAGGUAUUAGUGAACAGCUGGACAAACCAGGAGUUAAAAGAAUACAGUCCGUUUUGGAGCAUUCCAAGAGUUCUUAUGUUGCACCAUUUCUCAAACUUUCAAAGCUUAUUCAGGUUUGUGUCUUUAUUGCAAACUGAUAUUUCAAAGUCCUGAUGCGUGACUAAUGAUUUUAAGUAGCUUAAGAAGGCAGAUUAUAUACUGUAACAUUCCAAAAAUAAGCCCCGGGACUUAUAUUUUUUAAAGGCCCUUUUUGAGGGGCUUAUUUUUGGAGGGGCUUAUCUACAAAGGGAUAUUUGCGUUUCAAAAUCGAUUGGGCUAGCCUUAUAGUUGGAAGCAAAUGUACUGUAUUAGCUUUGUUUUACUUUGUAUUUGGGGGCAUUUUUUACGGUAUGUGGAAAAUAAUGACUAUAGAAUGAUACUGUUUCAGUUAAUGUUUGAACACUGUUGAUGAACAAUAUUGUUAAGAAUGCCUCCCCUUGCUUUCCUUAGACUAAUAAACUUGUAUGUGACCCUAUAGUUAACUCUUUGUGUAUGAGUUGUGGUGUUCUUGGAUUAAAGAAAAAACAAUAACAAAAAAAAUCUGUGUUUUUCUGGCCUUUGUUUGAUUAUUUUGUAAGAAAUGAUCAAUAAAUAUUCAUCUUACUGGAGAGUAAGGGAUGUAGUGGGAUAAGACAAAUGAUGAAAAUUAGAACCACUUUAAAUGAUGUAAGCCUCUUGUUUGUCUUGUUACAGUACAUCCCUUGCAUUCCAACAUUUGAUAGCAGGUUUGUACCACUUGAAUGAAUGGCUGCAAAGAGCCUAUUAUUAUUGAUCAUUUGCAAAUGUUUUGUUUGCUACCAGGAUGGGUCAGCACAGGCACAGAGUAAUUUAAAGUUCCUGUCAACACUCAAAGGACCUUGUGAGGAACUUGCUCAGGCUCAACCUAAAGACAUUCCUGGCAUGUUGUCAAAAAUACUGAACAUUAUUCGUAUGAUCUGGAUGAACUCUGAACAUUACAAGAGUAGAGAGAGACUCACUGGUCUUCUCAGAAAG